AUUCAGCGGAAACAGUGGCAUAGUAUCCAUGCUUCAUUAAAAAAAAAAAAAAAACCAUCGGGUUUCCUUUAAAUUUGUCUCCUAUAUAUAUUUCUCUUCAUCCUGAGCGUAAGAGAGUAGAAGAAUAAGAAGAAAAUUGGACUUGAGCAUAAUCAAAAUGAAGGUUUUCUUGUUCUGUGUUAUCCCUUUCGUCUUAUUGUUCUUCUCGUGUUCCCACGUUUGUGUAGUGCAAGGCCGAUUGCUUUCGAUCUCAACAAAACCUGAUCCAAAGGAUGCUGUUGCAACUGCUCGUUGGUUGAUCUCUUUCAAUUUCUGGGGCGUCUUAAGUACUAUCUCAACUGAUUUGGAUGGAGCACCCUUUGGCAAUGUGGUAUCAUUUAGUGAUGGACUACCGAACCAAGGCAUCGGCAUCCCAUACUUCUACUUAACUACUCUAGACCCAACAGCAAGACAUGCAUUAAAAGAUGCAAGAGUUUCCUUCACAGUCAGCGAGUACCCUCUUGGGACCUGUGGAAAAAUCGAUCCCGAGAAUCCUACUUGUUCGAAAAUUACUCUUACAGGGAAGCUGAAAUUGGUUGAUGAAAAGUCAGAGGAAGCCGAAUUUUCCAGAAAUGCCUUGUUUUCCAAGCAUUCUGAGAUGAUGGAUUGGCCAGAGGAUCAUGAUUUUCAGUUCUUCAAAUUGGAAAUUGAAAAAAUAUUUUUGAUUGAUUGGUUUGGUGGUCCAAAACCUAUCACUGUGGAGCAGUACUUGCAUCCUAAAAUGAAUAAUCAUGAAUUCAUUCUCUGAACUCUCUUCUAUUUGCCACUGCAUAUUGUUGCAAAGGAAACAACAUUUGUUGUAACUGUAGGUCACUACAAAGAAAUGAAAUGUUUGUCAAAAUGUAACCACACAAACUGAUUGGCUAAAAAAGUGUUGAUAUUCGCAUUAAAGCACACAUGUAAUUCUUGAAUCAUAUAUAUCAAUUUAUUUGGUCACAAAAGUUGUCUAAACAAUUGCCAAUUUAUCACCUUGAACAUAC